CAGUACAAGGACCAGUACGAGGACCUCCAAGACAAGGACCUCCAGUACAAGGACCAGUACAAGGACCUGUAUGAGGACCUCCAGUACAAGGACCAGUACCAGGACCAGUACAAGGUCCUGUACGAGGACCUUUAGUACAAGGACCAGUGCGAGAACCUCCAGUAAAAGGACCUGUACGAGGACCUCCAGUAUGAAGACCUCCAGUAAAAGGACCAGUACGAGGACCACUAGUACGAGGACCAGUACAAGGACUAGUAUCAGGACCUCCAGUACAAGGACCAGUACCAGAACCAGUACAAGGACCAGUACGAGGACCUCCAGUACAAGGAUCAGUACAAGGACCUCCAGUUCGAGGACCUCCAGUACAAGGACCAGUACGAGGACCUCCAGUACAAGAACCAGUACGAGGACCUCCAGUAUGAGGACCUCCAGUACAAGAACCAGUACAAGGACCAGUACGAGAACCUCCAGUACGACGACCAGUACGAGGACGAGUAUGACGAUCAGUACGAGGACCAAUACAAGGACCAGUACGAGGACCUCCAGUACGACGACCAGUAUGAGGACCAGUACGAUGACCAGUGCGAGGACCAGUACAAGGACCAGUACAGGGACCAGUACGAGGACCUCCAGUACCAGGACCUUCAGUACGAGGACCAGUACAAGAACCAGUACAAGGACCAGUACGAGGACCUCCAGUAAAAUAACCAGUACAAGGACCAGUACGAGGAUCUCCAGUACGACGACCAGUACAAGGACCCGUACGAGGACCAGUACAAGGACCAGUACCAGGACCAGUACAAGGACCAGUACGAGGACCAGUACCAGGACCAGUAUGAGGACCUCCAGUUCGAGGACCUCCAGUACAAGAAGCAGUACAAGGACCAGUACGAGGACCAGUACAAGGACCAGUACGAGGACUUCCAGUACAAGGACCAGUGCGAGGACCUCCAGUACAAGGACCAGUACGAGGACCUCCAGUACAAGGACCAGUAUGAGGACCUCCAGUAGAGGGACCAGUACGAGGACCUCUAGUUCGAGGACCUCCAGUACAAGGACCAGUACGAGGACCUCCAGUACGAGAACCUCCAGUACGAGGACCUCCAGUACAAGAACUAGUACAAGGACCAGUAUGAGGACCUCCAGUACGAGGACCUCCAGUACAAGAACCAGUACAAGGACCAGUACGAGGACCUCCAGUAUGACGACCAGUACGAGGACCAGUACAACAGCUAGUACGAGGACCAGUACAAGGACCAGUACGAGGACCUCCAGUACAAGAACCAGUUCAAGGACCCGUACAAGGAACAGCUCGAGGACCAGCUCGAGGACCAGUACAAGGACCAGUAUGAUAACCAGUACGAGGACCAGUACAAGGACCAGUACAAGGACCUCCAGUACGACAACCAAUAUGAGGACCAGUACGAGGACCUCCAGUACGACGACCAGUACAAGGACCUCCAGUACGACGACCAGUACAAGGACUUGCGUUGACUGUAGAGUUGUGGGUGAUGGUCACGCAGAUGUGUCAUGAGAUUUGAAGCGUUGCUGCCUUUCACAGACAGUUUUUCUGCACGUGCUGCAAACAGGAUAGCCGUCCGUCUUCUAUAAACUUCCUCAGCAUUCUUCAAAUAUCUAAAAGAUGCCCGUACUUCCGACUUUGUCUUCUUUGAGGGAUAAAAAAUGUCCUCCUGAGCGCUGCCGUCUCCUCCUUUGACCAUUAUUUCAGCUUUAGCUUCAAGAAAGUUUUGGUUGUAAACAGCAAAGCGCGCAUGUCCCGCCGGUCCUGCAACUUCAGCAGAUGAUACGGUGGCUGGUAAGGGCCACCGCGCCUACACCGCAGCCAUGGUAAACCCACCAAGAUAAUAUAGUUUUUUUUAAACAAGACGGUUAUUAUUAUUGUCAACUUUUUUUUUUUUACCGGGGUUUGUCACUGGUUACCGUGACAACCCUACCUGAUCGGUCUGCUUUGAUCUAUUUUGAAAACUCCUAUCAAAACCGAUAGGGGCGCUAUCGGCCGAUUACGAUCAAAUGCCGAUCCAUCGGUGCAUCCCUACUUUCUGGCCUUAGUUGGGGGGGACGAAUAGGGGUCGAUCUGAAUCUGGGGGGGACAGAUCCCCCCCGUCCCCCACCCUAUUUGCGCGCCUGGACUACGUAUCCCAUCAGGCCUCUGACCAGUUCUGACCACGACCCAUAGACAAGAGCUCUGUUGAGUGUAGCUGGUCCAGAUUAGGCCUUCAUGUCCUAAAAGCCUCAAGUUGGAGGGUUAAUGUUUAUGAUAUGUAGAAAGUUUUAUUAUCCUGGAAUAAAAGGAGGUAGGUUAUAGUUGAGAAAAUGAAGUUCUGACAUAUUCUCACUUGUUACAGUUCAGUUAGAUCAGAUACACAUAACAUAAAUCUGAUGUGUCCUGUGUUUUGUGUUUUACCUCCGUGUGUUUUCCUGUUUAAAACUCUGGACAUCAGUGGAGUUGUCUCAUCCUGACCACGGGGACGUCCAUCCUUCCCCCUCCAGAAGACCUGCCUCUUCAUAUUCUCCCCUUCUCUUUUUCCUUUUCUUAGCUUUCACUCUCAGUCGUUCUCUUCCUGUUUGCCAUCCCUCUCACGAUGUUCGUACGUCAGACCCGGGGGAGAGCUGUGUUUACGGCAGCUUUUUCCUUUUCAGAUUCAACACCCAACUUUAAAAAAAGAAGGGAAAACUUUCCAGAUGUGAAAAUAAAAUCCUGGUAAAGUAAAAGAAAAAUAAACAUUCCAGGUUUCUCUUUCCAAACAAUGACAAAGAGAAUAUUUGGUGUUUUCUGAGGUUUCCUGUCUGCACGUUUUCAUUCUCACUUCAUGAAUAUUUCAGUGUUUUGAGCCUUUAAAAAAACUCAAAAUCAGAAAUGAUUUGAGUUGUAAAGGUGCGGUCUGCGGGUUCAGAUGGCAAGAAAGGGUGGAAAACAACAUCUGCGUGGAGACAGAGGUCCAUCAGAAGUCCCAUUGGUCAUCACUCACUGGUCUCCACAUGUGACCCAUCCCUGUGGGGAGCUGCAGCUGCGGCUGCUCUUGGGAGCCUUUUGGUCGUUUCACCCCCAAUCCAACCUCUUAAAGCUGAGCAUCAAGCAGGGAGGCGUUGGGUCCCAUUUUUGACGUCUUUGGAAUGAUCUGGCCGGGAUUUGAACCCCGAUCUCCCAGUCCCAGGGUGGACGUUCCACCACUAGGCCACUGAGAAGGUUAAUGGGUUAAUGAGAGCUUUACCUGCAGGGCCCUAGCAAGUUUUAGCAGCUCCAAAGAAAAAUAUCAAACAUUCAUAAUCAUUGAGUGUUUAACUAGAAAUCUAGACCGACAGAAGCUGAAGCUAAAGGAUUUUACUUUGCAGGUUGGUCUAGCCACGCUCCGUUAGCGCCUCGGCAGACCCCGCCAGUCUUGUGUCUAGCCAAUCACUGUCCUCGGUUGGUUCGGUGGGAAUAAGCAUGGAUGGUGAGGAUCGUUUGAAAAUGGCUUUGGCAUCAACUUUGGACUAUUUAGACAUUUUGAGAGCUUAUAGAGGUCCUUAAGUCCUUUAUUUAGAAAGAGGAUGUAUUUGUGUCUUCUUCAACAGAUUACGGAGGAUUUCCUGUUGACGGACAUCUGUAGCGGUGAGCACGUCACCUCAUCCGUUAUCCAGUAGCGUGUGGAGACAGUAUGAAACACAACCGUAGAUCCCGCCUUAUGUCUUUGGGUCCUAACCAGACUUUAUAUUCACUUGUAUAAGUUGUGUUGCUAGGAUAGUAUUUCACAUGGGAAUGAUGAAUCGUUAAUUUUGUAAAAUAGGUGCUUCCAACCAAAACUUAGUCUAAUCCAGGACCACCCGCUGGUUCCUGUUAACUUUAUCAAACUCCACCACGUUCCCUAUCCUGCUCCCCUCUCGUCAUCCCUUCUCCUUUUCUGCAGUUGUUAAACACCGUAACACCUAAUUCAACAAGCUUCAACUACAGGAAACUACGGCUACACAACGAGGACAAAAGCUUGUUAAUUGAAGAGAGCAGCAGAGAAAGUCUAAAGGUUUGGUUUCUCUGCUGUUGGGUUGAGUCGAUGCUGCUGAAUGAGGACGUGAAACCAGAAUAUGAGACUAAAUAGGACCAAAGCUUCACAGAGAGCAGCAGAAACUCUGGAGGAAAGGCUGCAGUAAAAGGCUUCGCUGCUGAAGCUGUUCCCGCGGAGCUCCGGGGAUUUUUCAUGCCGUCAGUGAGCGACGAGUCUUUCCUGCUGCUUCUGAGGGAAGUUCAGUUUGAAGCCCACAAUCCACUGAACAUUUCAUCUGAGCCCUGAUGAGGGUUUGCUUUUUUAUUAUUGUGAAUUAUUUUAUGAGUGUUUUAAAUAUAGGGCUGCACGAUAUUAGGACAACUUGCAAUAUGCGAUAACAGUGAUUAAUAUUGUGUUGACGAUAUUACUUCCGAUAUAUAAAAACUUAACUCAGGAACAAAAAUAAUCAAAAACAGAAAAUUAAAAAAUGACAAAAAAAAUCAUAAAAAUGAGAAAAGCAAAAGAUGUGUGGAAAGGGAAAAAGAACAAGAAAAGGCGAUCAGAGGAUCCCGGGAAAAGCAGAAAGAGCAGAACAAAGCUAACUCAGGUGUUUGCUAACCAUCACAAGUAAGUGCCGUCUGCCUCGGGGGCGGGCAUCUGACCUAUGAGAACCCAUCCAAUUGGCCAAAUAGCUUAUUUGACUUGUUAAAAAAACAUCAUUCAUCCGUCUGAUUGACAGAAUGCAUCAUGUGUAGCAAACUUUUGAGCUGACCAUUCAUUACGCUAUUCAUCUGUUCUUUGCGAUAUGCAUAUUGUGAUGCUGACAUCGCGAUAACGAUAUAUUUGCGAUAUAUUGUGCAGCCCUGUUGAAAUAUAUGUUUCUAUGGUAAAUGUUUUCACUGUAAAUAUUAAGUGAAAACAAUUUUUUUUCUAAACUUUCUAAUUCUAGCUGAUAUUUAUGAAUAAUUCUGUUUAUAUUUUAUUGAUAUUAUUGUAUGAAUCAUUUAUUUUAUUUUGAUCUAUUAAGAUUACAACACAUCAAAUUCUGUAAAAAACAUGUUAAGAACGUAAUGCUUUUUCACGAACUCUCAAGAAAUAUGUGGUUUUAUUUAACACGUAACAAACAUGUUGAAUUUAAUUCUUCAUUUUUUUAUUUUAAUAUCAGGACAGGAGAAUAAAUCUAAAGAAAAAAAGCAUUUAAAUAAAAUUGGACCAUAAAAUAGUAGAAAAAAUAUUCUUAGUAAUUGAGACGUGUUAUAAAUACAAACACAGACAAGGAGUGUUUUAAAACGCUUGAAACACGUUUCUGAUUUUCCUUACUAUCAUUUUUCAAGUUUUAUUUUUACAGAAGUCUGAGCCGUGAACUGAUUGAAUCAGCUGAUGAGGUUAAAAAGCUGCUGACUGAUCCAAACAAAGUGUAACUGAAGCUGUGUUAAAGCUGCAGACAGAGGUGACGUUAAAAUGGGAGCAAGAGGAAAAAUGAUCCUUUCAGCAGCAGCCGGGCUCUCAUAUUCCACAAUUUAUUGAAUUGCUCUUAUUAUC